UGUGUGCCCCAAUGAACUUCAGAGUUUUCACAUCGGACAACAGCGAGAAUGUCAGCUAGCAGGAGAUGCAGCGGAGAACAGAGAUGAUGCUACGGAAGUUACUUGUCUGUACGGGACAAUUUACCUGUUAGAAAUAACUUACAAUUCAACAACUUUGCAGCCGUUUCAUUUUUUUUUUCCAUACAGUGGUUAUUACUAAUUUUUAUACUUUUAUUUCUAAGAAUUUAUUUCCGUGUUGAUAAUAUUUUGACCUCCACUUCCUCCCGGACGGUGCGUCUCCGUUACGCCGCCAUGUGCGUCCUCCUCCCGGCGUGGCUGUGCUUGUUGCUCGGCCUCCUGCCUCUGGAGGUCCAGUCCCGGGCUCUGGCUCUGCAGAGGACUCACAGACACAGGUUGUACUUACCCAGACCCUCUAAAUACCCAAAGUCCUUUUACCCUGCCGUCUUGCCUACUGUGUCUGAUGUCUUUGUUGCCGCUGACAACCAGAUCACCCAGGAAGACAGGCAUAUCAUGUGGAGGGCCCUGCUGCACAAAGAGCCCCCGCCAAAGUCGUCCGACCCUCUGCUUGACCAAAGCCAGAAUGUGCUACCGGAGGCGCCGGUCUGGCAGCGAGGGUCACGGGGUCGCCGCCAUGCCAACAGUGGGGGUGGGCGGGGCCACGGCCACCUGAUGAGGGUCGGCUGUGUUCUCGGCACCUGUCAGGUUCAGAACCUCAGCCACCGUCUCUACCAGCUGAUCGGACAGAGCGGGAGGGAAGACUCGUCCCCCAUCAACCCCCGAAGUCCUCACAGCUAUGGCUGAGACGCCUCUAUCGACAACCGCUGGCAGAUUAUCCAGGCCCUUUGCUGCAUCAGAAACACAGUUUUUAAGCCUCUUGGGAUGUUAUUUUUGUAGUUUUGACUAUAAUUCUCAUUGAUAAUAACGACAUUCUACUCACCAGCUAAAUUGCUGAAAUCAAGAUAAAACUCACAAGCUUUUAAAUAAGAUUUUAAACCCCCAGGAGCUAAACUGGGGAAACCAAGCAGCAACCUGGAAGGCUGGGGUCACUGGACAGAAAAACAGUAGGCGACUUUUUAGCUUCUAAAGGGCCAUUAUCAGUAAUGCAGCACAACAACUUUCCCUGGAAACAUCUUACCCCAGCAGAGGGCUGUUAAUUAACCUGUUGACUUUCUGUGUUCUCUUGCCUCUAUGGAAUUUGGACAAAGCAGCACCUUAUCACUGAUUUUCAAGAAAAAACAAAUUAAACAGGAAGUAGCGAUAAAGAGGAGCGCCGACGAUUACAUUUUCUACAGAGCCAGUGAGCACACUGAUGAGGAAAUGUUGCUUAAAUGAGCAGAGAGAGGCGAGGACGGCGGGAAAUGAGGACAUAUUGUCGCCAUACCAUCGGAUCAACCACCAGACUCUGGAACAAACAGCACGCAGCUAGUGUUGAAGUUGUAACACGUCAAACUAUGAACUGCAUUUGAAAAAGCUGUGCAUCUCACCUGGCUGCAAUGUGUUGGCCAGAAAUGUGGUUUGUUUAAUGGACCUGCUCACCAUUUCAACAUGGAACUAUACAAACGCCCCAGUUUAGUUGUUUUACAAGCAAAAUCACACUCAAUUUGUACUGAAUUUUGAGUGGCUGUAUCACCUGAUAUUUAAUUGUGUACAUGGAGAGAUCUAUUGAAACAGUGUUUUACUAAAUUAAUGCUAAAAAUUGGCUGAAGGUAAAUGACUCACACUAAUGGAAAUUGGAAGUGGAUGGUUAGUUAUUACAGAUAAAGAUGCACAUUCAAAGAAUUCCUUCAUUAGAUAAAUCUUUGUCAUAUUUCUGUCAUACCUUUUUGUGAUGACAGAAUAUUCCUUGCAAACUAACAACACAGAAGACAGUCAGAAUUUCCAGAGAAACACCAGAUAAUAAACAAUGCACUACUCUACAGCGGUAAACAAGAUAACAGAUUUCUACUGAAACAUGUUCAUUAUGUCUUAGAUAAAUGCGAGUCUGGUACAAUAAACCCCACCAGUUACCUAGUAUUACAUCUAUGUGUCAGCUCUCAUAUAACCCUGAUUAUCUUGCCUAAUAUUGACCACUUAUAGCCUAACCAGUCUUUAAUAUUAUUACCAAGAGGUAAACAUGCCAGGAAAAUAGCUAGAUAGCUGCAAAAACAGUUCAUCCAGCCUUGUAAAAACACGACACCCGCUUUCCAGGCUGUUUUGGUCCCUUAAGAUUCUCAAGGUGUAUUUACAUGAACUCAUUAUCACCAGUAUUUCAGGUCUGCUCAGAUUUGGUUUUACUGCCAUAUAAAGAUCUUGAGAUAAUCAGCCUAAAUGCUUGGCUGGUUAGAUGAUGCGACUGAGAAGAAACAUUGUGUUUGAUGUCAACAGUUAUGCUGAUGAGUACAGUGUUAUUAUAAUCUACACAAACACUGCUCAACGCUGUGAAAAUAGCUUGUACUAAAUCUGAAUUUCUGCAUACUUUAACAUUAUUGCCUCUAGUUUUCACAGCAGCAUCAUGUUACAGGUCAUUACUGCCAGUUAGCUGCAGUGAAACUAGAGUGCUGCAUGUCUUGGCAUUCAUACAGCAGCAAUCAUUUAGAUACUAUAUUUGUGAAUGGGGAACAUUGUGAACCGGUGAAGCCUCUCAAACUGGCCUACCUGACUAAUGUCAACUAUCGUCAUCAAUGGUGAUCCUGCUGAUCUGAACUUACCUGAGCUCAGCACUAAUCCACCGCCGUCGCUCAAAAGCACAUUCAUUCCCUCUGCAAACAAGAAGCUUUACUUCAGUGCGGACAGAAACCAAGAAUAACCUCCAAUCAAACCUAAUUAACCCUUCACCCAAAACCUCACAGAGCACACCAGCCAAAAUAACCACUAACCCUAAUCCAUGAUCUGUCUGCGCACUUCUUAGUAGCUAUUGUAGCGUGUCCUGCGUAAGAACAGCUACACCGCAGAGAGCUUUUUUAUCUCUACACUGUACAAUGCAUCAAUGUUGUAUUUUUGACACAGUCUUUUCUUUGAGCCUUAAUCGGUUUAAUCGCUUGUAUGGCCUUAUAGUGUUUUGCCUUUCACAAUUCAGCUUCACACUAAAUGUCAAAGGUUUAUUGAAAGCUUUCUGUUUGUCUAACUCCAGUUUCAAUAGUUCUCAUAGGUCAAAUGUUAAUAGGAAUGCAUGAAAGCACUUUAUUGUUCUUUUACAUUAAGUAUGACUUGAAAUUUUUAAACUGUGUUAUUUAACUUUAAAUUAAUGAGUUCGUUUUACUGUAAAUACCCACUUCACUAAAUUUUCAUAUUGAUGUCUGUGGCCCCUCAAGGUACAAGUGUCCUUUUGUAAAUGAUCCUUGCUGUUUUCUUUUAAUCCUUCGGUUUUAUAGUAGCAGCACUGUAAUAAAAAAUAUUACAAUUAUUUUA